AUGCAGGCAGAUCUAAAGCAAGACUUCACGGUCACUGGCGACCAUGACACCAAGACGUCGGUCGACAAGGAACCCACCGACCUCUCCAUCGUCCAGACUAACGAAAAGAUCGAGAUUGGGGGUCACACCAACUACCAUGGCUUCGACACGACCCAGGUCAUGCCAGGCGCUGAUGCUGCCUAUGAAGCCAAGAUCACUGUAAUGAACGAGGCCUUGCUCGACAUUGGCAUGGGUCCGUUCCAGUGGAAGAUCUUUGCCACCACUGGCUUCGGUUGGUUCGUUGACAACCUAUGGAUGCAAGCAAUCACCAUCAUCUCUCCGCCCGUGCAGAGAGAGUUUGCCGUGCAGCGCAUCGCCUUCCUGACUGUGGCCAAGUAUGCCGGCUUGGUGGUGGGCUCAACUGUCUGGCCAAUGACUGCCGACUUUAUCGGAAGAAGACUGGCGUUCAACAUCACUCUCAUUCUGUCCUCGAUGGCUGCCCUUGUAGGCGCCGGCUCGCCCAACUUUGUCGCCAUUGCUACACUUUGUGCUUUCAUCGGUGUUGGCAGUGGCGGCAACCAGCCCGUGGACAGCGCCAUCUUCCUCGAGUUCAUCCCGGCGUCGCACCAGAAUCUGCUCACGGUGCAAUCUGCCUUUUGGUCACUCGGUCAAGCAGUCGCAGCUCUGAUAGCAUGGCCGUUGAUCGCCAAUUACUGCUGCCCGGCCGGCACCCCGUCCAGUCAAUGCACCUUUCAUACCAACCUCGGCUGGCGAUACGUCUACUGGACGUUUGGCGCCCUUACCACAACACUCUUUCUGCUUCGUCUCUUUUUCCGCAUCCCCGAGACGCCCAAGUACCUUUUGGGCAAGGGUCAAGACGAAGCCGCCGUACGCGUGGUAUCCGAGAUCGCCGCUCGUGACGGCAAGACCACAUGGUUGACCCUCUCGCAUUUUGAGGCCGUCGAUGCACAACUUGCCGCGGCUGCCACCCACGACACCGACAACACCAACAACACUACCGCGAUCAACGCCUCGGCCGACUCGGUCGUCAAGCGGACUCUGUCCAAAUUCGCGCCCGAGAAGAUUCUUGCUCUGUUCUCCACGCCACGCAUGGCUCUCUCGACGAGCAUGAUGCUCUUUCUCUGGAUGUCGAUCGGCAUGGCCUACCCCCUCUACAACAGCUUCAUCCCCAUCUACCUCGAGAAUCGUGGAGUGGCUUCUGGCACUUCCGGCCUCAACACCGUGUACCGCAACUAUGCCAUCCAAGCCGCGUGCGGCAUUCCGGCCUCCUUGCUCGGCGGCUACACCGUCAACCUCAAGCGGAUCGGGCGCAAGGGCACCGGCUCCCUCGCCUGCAUCUGCACCGGCCUGUUCCUGUUCCUGUUCACGCGCGCGACGUCGCCCCCGGCCGUGCUGGGCUUCACGUGCGCGAUCGCCUUCUGGCAGAAUCUGGUGUACGGGCUGCUCUACUCAUACAGCCCGGAACUGUUCCCCGCACCAAUCCGCGGCACCGGCAAUGGGCUGGUCAUGCUGUUCAACCGUUUGAGCGGGCUGAUGGCGCCCAUCAUUGCGGCAUAUGUGGGCGUCGAGACAAGCAUGCCCGUAUGGAUCUCGGCUGCGCUGUUUGUGGUCGCCGGCAUUGUGUUCCUGCUGUUGCCGUAUGAAACGAGAGGGCGAUCAGCUUCCUAG